CAGCUGUUCAGUCGAGGUGUUGUUCUCGUUAAAUUUGCGAGAUGAAGCACAACUCGAACGUCCCGGCUUUCCUCACCAAGCUGUGGACGCUUGUCGAGGAUGCAGACACCAACGAGUUCAUCUGCUGGAGCCAGGAGGGCAACAGUUUCCUCGUGUUGGACGAGCAGCACUUUGCCAAGGAGAUCCUGCCCAAGUUCUUCAAGCACAACAACAUGGCCAGUUUUAUCAGACAGCUCAACAUGUAUGGAUUCCGUAAAGUGAUGCACAUUGACACAGGUAUUGUAAAGCAGGAGAGAGAUGGUCCAGUGGAGUUUCAGCACCCCUAUUUCAAACAUGGACAGGACAACCUGCUGGAGAACAUCAAAAGGAAGGUUUCAAACACUCGGCCAGAGGACAACAAGAUUCGACAGGAAGACCUGACCAAGAUCUUGGCGAGCGUUCAGAGUGUUCACAGCAAACAGGAGAACAUCGACGCCAGGCUGGCAACACUCAAGAGGGAGAAUGAAGCUCUGUGGAGAGAGAUCUCCGAUCUGAGACAGAAACACGUCCACCAACAGCAGCUCAUCAAAAAGCUGGUACACUUCAUCGUCACAUUGGUACAGAACAACCGCAUCCUGAAUUUAAAACGCAAAAGGCCAGUUCUUAUGAACAGCAAUGGAAAGAAGUCCAAGUACAUCCACCAGAUGUAUAAUGACAAAGUGUGUGUGGAACAGUCGUCUGUCAACAGUUUGGGUGGCGUAAAGGGCUCUGAGAUAUCAGACGACGUUAUCAUCUGUGAUGCUGAGGUGGCGGCUGAGAUCACAGAGGGGUCACCCAGAACCUACGAGCAAGGUGAUGUGGAGAUUGUGGAGGUAGAGUUGGACAGCUGUGCGGUGCUACCAGCUGAGGCGGAGGUGAGCCCCACCCGCACAGACGACAUCAAACAGACAGACGCUGGUGUGUCAGCAGCAGCAGCAGCAGACGACAGCCAGAGGAGCAGCACUUUAGACAGCAGCGGAGCAACCAGCAGCGCCCUGCAGCUUAAUAAACCCUCAGGCCUGAGUCUGGAGGAUCCCGUCAAGAUGAUGGACUCCAUACUGAACGAGAACGGAGCAAUAUCACAGAACAUCAACCUGCUGGGCAAGAUGGAGCUGAUGGACUAUCUGGACAGUAUCGACUGCAGUCUGGAGGACUUCCAGGCCAUGCUUUUUGGAAAACAGUUUGGCAUUGACACUCUAGAGGAGGCUGUGUCUUCCAAAGAGAACGCAACACAGCUGAACAGGAGCAAGACAGAAGAAGUCAACACAGAUAAGCAACUGAUCCAGUACAUCUCCUGCCCCCUGCUGGCCUUCCUCGAUGGGUGCAUUCCUCAUUCAGAGCUGGAUCUGGCCACCGGCAGCAGCAGUGGCACCAGCAGCAGUGCCAGCUCCUAUAACACCCACCUCCAGCCCUGUUCCAGCUCAGGUGCUUCUGUGGAGGCCGAGCCGCCCUCAGAGCUCCUGGAUGCCAGCCUGGAGUCCAAGCAGCCAACCCGCAGCUCCCUGAUCCGCCUGGAGCCUCUGACAGAGGCAGAGGCCAGCGCAGACACACUCUUCUACCUGUGCGAACUGAGUCCUCCUGCAGCGGAGGCUGACUCCACCCUGCUGGACAGAGCGUGAGCUGGUGUGGCAGCGAUGUUGGUCCCCCUCCAUCCUUCAGACAAUACUGACUUUGUGUGUUAAUGUGCACUCACCUCUCUGGCCUGGUGUGUGUUUGCUGAGAAGCAGUAAGAGGAGUGAAGAAAACAACAGGCUGGUGGAAGAACAGCUGCAGUUUGUACCAUGUGCAUUUUUUUUUUUUUUACAUUUUAAGACUUUUGCAUUGAAGAUAACAUUUGAAUUGCAGAAAUAAGCCACAUUUUCAUCAAAAAUAGUAAUAAUAGCAGGUUAUUAACAUUUUUAGCACAACUGAUUCAAUUUCUGUGGAAAAACUUGGAGUCAGAGAGCAUGGAAAAAAGGCUCAUGCAAAAUGUAAAAAUUACAUUACCUAGUGGUGCUAGGUAAGCUAGCGAUAGAUCCACACUUCCUUCUGCGUGGUGAUACAGUUUGCGGGUGUAGUUCAGUAGAAAGACAAUAGUUCCUACAUGAAACAGCUCACAACUACAUCUGUGGAUUAUCUUGAGUAACCAGGUCAUAGUUUCAGGAAAUGGUGAGUUUGAAAUGCUUUUUUUUUCUCUCUGGGGCUAGGGGGGUUUUGGACACCACAAGGCAAGUGCCGUCUAGUUCCAUACUCAUCUCUACAGCCGAUAUCUCCAACACUUAGUAACUCACACCAAAACAAUGUUGAUAAAUAGGACUACAAAUAAGAGGAAAAAUAUGUAUUUUGGAUUUUUGGGUAAAGUGUCUCUUUAUGGAUAAUAAACCUGUCAUAAGACAUAGGUAAAGAUGAUGCUCACAUCUUUAGGUUAUAAUCAUCACAUUGAACUUUUGUUCUUUGGUAUCACCAAUAAUCCCAAAAAUUGUUAUUGCGGUAAUAUCCGAAUUUAUUGGCAACUUUAUACUUCCUUUUUACAUGGAGAGUGUGGUACAAAAACACUAAAAAAUUCGAAUUGCCAGUGGAUAUAAAAUGAGAAACAAAGUGACCAAACUCAUGAAAAAUAGCUUUGUUUUUACUUCUGUCAAUAAUUUUUUGGGCAUUACUGUGGCUCAUAGUAUCUUAUCAACAUGGUCCCAGUAGACCAAAUCAUAAUGUAUGUCCACAAUAAACCCCCCCACCCCUGCAUCAUCUACAUAAAAUCAAAUGCUGCUAUUCUAAGAAUAUUUUCAUUGCCAUCAGACAGCCCUUUCCAAUAGGGAACUGAAGCCGUUAUCUCAAAGCCACCAGACUCCAUUGCCAAAAAACACUAAUUUUACCUCGCAGAACACAGGAGUUUCUUAGCUUCUGUGCUGGUAAAGUCGGUCUAUCAAAGCAAAGCAACACAGAACAUAAAAUAAGCACAGCAGCAACAUAAGAUAGGUCAGACCACCAUGUUUAACUAUACGUAUAUCUUUAACCAUUACAGUUAUGGCUGAAAAUGACAACAAGAAAAAAACAAGUUCCGAUUUCAUAUAUCUCCAAGAUUGAAAUCAGUUAUCAGCUGUCUACUUGUUGUUGUCGGUACGACGUCACGGUGAUUCAGUCAGUAUCCGCUGGACAGUCACGCUCUCUGCUAUCCAUUCAUGUACACACACACAUUCACUGUGCAGUGUAUUAAAAGCCUGUUAGCAUAAAGGCAAAAAGUUCUCUCAUCAAAACUGUCCUACAUGUAUAGCACAUCUGACAUUUUCAAAAUAAAUGCAUGGCAUGUCAUCAAGCCUUUAAAUAGAGUGAAAACUGAGCAUAGACAGGUGAGGGCCCAAAAGGCUUAAGAGCUCUGCUGUUGUGUCUGAAAUUGAUGAUAGUAGCACCUUAUUUCCAUGACGUCAAUGAUUUCUUCAACGCAAUGCUGUAAAAUGUAAAAAAUGACAUGGUAAGCACAAACUGUGGCUUGUAUAAGCGCCGGACACACCUGGAUUCUCAGCACAGCUUCAUCUACUCUGCAGUAUCUUCACCAUCAGUCAGUGAGGAGACGUCUUCACCAACCCAUUUUAACACACCGAACCUAUGUAUGUACUCGUGAAAAUGUAUUUAUUCUGAUUUUUGUUUUUGUUUAUCUUUUGCUACAUUUCUGUCCACAGAGCUGAGACUCUUCAUAAAGCUACAUUCCUCAGAUAGUAUUGUGUUUAGCCGGGGCUCUCCUCUCUUUGAGUUCAGACCAGAAAAAGACUUUUGUUCCAUUAGUUUAAUGAAAGCAGCAUUCGAGAGAACUGGGACAUCACUCCGUGCUCUGAGACAAACUUUAUAAAGUAGAUGAUUGACAAAUGCACCACGUUUAACAAAAAAAAAAAAAAAAAAAAAACGGUUCUCAAAGGAGUAAUGUCUAUAAUUUAGUGGGAUCUAUUGGCAGAAAUGGAAUCCAAUAUUCAAAACUGUGUUUUCACUUAUGUGCGAUCAACUGAAACUAUCCACUCGUCAUUUUUUGUUCCCUUAGAUUGAGUCCAUCAUAUCUACCUUUGUGUUACAUCCAGAGUGCUGGGACGCUGGGACACAUUUCACAUCUUCAACCGCCUGGUUGAGUUUGGGGGUUACCCUUGUGCCUUUAGCGCUACCAGUCAGGGGGACAGAGGCUUGAUUGUGUAUAACCAGCAUCGCAUCACAGCCCCCUCACCAGAAACCUUGAGUACAGAGCUGAACUUCUUACAGGUGUUUCUUUUAAAAGAGUGUAUUAGGCCUCAUAUAAUCUGUGGGACAGAUCAUAAAGGUCAGGGUAGCCCUGCUUAAAAUAAUUAACCUAUCCUCCAUAUUUACCACAGACUGAUAUUUACAAAGGAAAGGGAAGAUGUCUUCAGGCUUUUAUCCCUGUCACAUGAUACAUGGUGCGCAUUGCUAUGUUCCAAAAGUUUAAUUUUGUUUAUUUUAGGGCACAGCCGUCGCACUCUAAAAAAAUAAAUGUUUGAGAACCCUUAGGUGUUGCAACAGCAUCAUGCUUGCUUUUGAGUGCAUGUACAAGGGCAUCUACAUUGAAAACAUGGAUUUGAAGGGUGCAAAAAACACAGCAUGCUUACAGGCCCGUAGACUAUGGAUAGAUGAAGAGAACUGGAUACAGUGUUGGCGGCAGGGCCUUCAUUCCUUUAGAGUUGCUCAGCUGGGUUUGAAGACAAAAAGGUGCAAUGGUAGCAUAUAGAAUUUCCUGUAUAAUCGGCAUUGUUGCCCCAUCACUGGGCCCAUCUAGCAGGCACACUAGAGAUUUCCACCAGCCAAGCUGGAUACAUCUGGUUUAGCGCUCUGCUAACUUGAAUGGGGAUAAAAAAUUAUGUGACCCCUCAAGACCUUUGAAAUGUUAUCAGAUCAAACUGACCAAAAUGAGUCACUUUGCAGGAGUUGUGAUGCUUGAAAAAUUGUCUCUUUCUCCAUGUAAGUGUGUGGGGAAAAUCUUUUGGGGCCCAAUGGCAUCACAUGAGGGACGCAGAGGUUGUAAUUCCACUGUUUGGCUACCACGAAAAUUGGCUUCAAAGCCCGGGACACUUCCAUAAACUAAUUGCAGCACCAUGUUUCUGUAGAAGCCCAGAACGGAAAACCCAACAGUGGGCUUUCUGCAUUUUUAUGUUACUUGAAGGCCAUCGUAGGUUCUCUACAAGUUUGGAAAGUGAAGGUUAUUCAGUUGAAUGCAAUCUGCAACCUCACUGCUAGAUGGCACUAAAUCCAACGUACUGCUCCUUUAAGACAUACGUAAGAUGUAAAUGUGAAUGCUGAACCUGUCUACAUUUCCUUGGUAUGGAAAAUAUCUCCACUUUUGUGUGUGAGUGUGUGUGUGUGUUUGUUUAGAUUCCCCCAGUAACUUAAGACUUGCUGUGUGAGUGUCCAGCAGGUGAUGCUUCCGUCCGACAUGCUAAACAUACUAAACAUACGCGGGUCCAUUCGAUGUUUCGGUCAACUUAGUUUUCUUUAGUAGCAAAGUUUCUUGCGCUCACAGUUUGCAUCGCCUUCGUCAACAUACUUGAACAUUAACAAAGACGUGUUGUCCCAGUUGUCAAGAAUGAAAAAGCAGCUAAAACACACAAAUUUAUUGUUUUUAAAGGAACCUUAGUUUGUGUCAACACCUAGUUGUCGCUUAAAAAUCCCCCAAGCUUCUUGUUUAACAUGUGGACACACCAGAGAUUUGAGAGAAAAUAGAGUCUGUGUUUCAUAUGUGAGCUGAACUCAGAGCCCUGAUCACACAGCUGUAAAUGAUUUCACUCUUGUGGUGUUGAGUAGCCUCAAAACGCUGAUGUUGUGAUAAAGGGAACAUCCUCUCCUGUCUCUCUUUACUGAUAUAGAAGUGCCUGCAUCCUUUCUCCGUUUCUUCUGGUAGAGCCACACUUACUAUGACUGAUACCGUUUAUAGUUUACUGUGCAUGGCCACAGAGAUCACUUGUCCUCUCUGUGACCUGCCCGCAUUUCACAAGCUGUCUGUCAUUGUUGCAAGCUUUGCAGUUACAAUAAAGCAAAUGCUACAGUGUA